CCCUGGACCGGUAGAUGGAGCACGUAACGUUUCUAUGACCCUUGAGUAGACUUGUCAAACUGGUGUAUUAUUCAUUAGUAAAAAAAAUGCUUAUUUUUUUAUCAACUGUUUGCAAAGUAACGUUUUUUUCUUUCUUAUUUCAGUCAUGUGUUUAAUUCUAUAUCGGCCGUGUACAACAGCGUCAUCGGUUAUGCGCGACUUCAUGAAUCGCUGCGCAGACCAAACGGCAUAUGACACCCAAGUACCGCGAGAGCAAUGCGAGCGCAUACUGCUUUGGAAAUUUUCGCGGUGUUUUGAUGUUAAACACCGAUCGGUCCGCAGCGCCGCAUAAAGUCAAACACGUCUAUUGUGCGACGUCAUCACAACUUCCUGUUUGGGUUUCACUUACUCUUCAGCUAACAAUGGCUGAAUUAAACAGACAACUACAGGAGUAUUUGGCCCAGUCUAAAAGCGGCGCGAAGACGAUAUCAGAGUCUAGUUCCAGCACCAUCGUAGACAUCGAUAAACCCGCUUCGGUUUCAGGCAGCUGGUUCGGUAGGUGGUCCAGUCCGAUCUCCAGGAACAGUCGAGGAGCUUCAUCAGGCCAAAGCUCCGGCAGCGGGGUCUCUUGGCCGUGGUCAUCAGAACCGGACCCAUGUUUACCGGGCAUGAGUCGAUCCCAGCGCCUGAUCGGGUUCGGGACGUGUAUUUUCUUCUCCGCACUGUGCUUUGGACUGUCGGCGCUUUACGCUCCGUUGUUAUUGCUAAAGGCGCGUAAAUUCGCGCUGUUGUGGUCACUCGGCUCCGUGUUCGCGCUUGUCGGUGCGGCUAUACUUCGGGGACCCAGUAAACUCAUCUCGACUCCCACGCCCGGAGCUGUGGUGUAUUUGUGCUCUCUGGUGGGCACCCUGUACGCGGCCCUGAGCCUCCACAGCACGCUGCUCACUGCUCUCGGAGCCGGCCUUCAGAUUGCUGCUAUCGUCGGUUACAUUGUGGCUUUGCUGCCUGGUGGGAGCGCUGGGAUGAGAUUUGUGGGUGGCAUGGCUGCUUCGGCUAUUAAAAGAACCGUGUCCGGUAAGACAAUGCCGAUAUGAGCACGGAUGUCACGGAAUGUACAACACACAAACUGUUGAAGUGCUACGCCAUGGACACCGUAAUACUUCUACUACAAAGUGUGAUUGUGAAGACUUUAUAUUUAUAGAGGAGCCGUGUAAACAGCAUGGAUUGGAUGUUCACAUUUUGCCAGUUUAACUGUGACAGGGACCAUAUACUAAACCUGAUAAUGUGACUAAAAUAUCAAAUGCAACUUAACUUUUAAUUGGGUCUAGAAGAUUUUUAUGAACACUUUAUUCAGUAAAUAAAACGAAGCUUAAAUCUGAUGAAAGAUGACAGUCUAUGACCUAUUUAAGAUUUUGGUAGGCCAAAUGUAAAAGUUGAAUGGUUUUGUAGGUGGUUAAAGACAACUUAUUACUUUUAUACUUUAAUAACUACCUUUUGUAAUCUUGGAUUUUAAGGCAGGUUUUCAGUUUCCCUCUUGGAUCAAUAAAGUUAUUUUUGAAAUCA